AAAUAUUAAGUUCAAGAUAUGCUGAAUGUCUUUUGUGAUUGAGUCAUCCAUUCUGGCGGACAUUUGACUUGGAUGGGCUUUUCUACCUCGGGUACUCAAAGGGCUGUUACCUACUGGUGACGCAGCACCCAGAGCAACUGUGGAGGAGGACACACCCAAGGAGGACACGCCCAAACCUCCGGGUUGGGACACGCCCACUCUAACCCUCAUCCAUUAUUUUUUGUUGUUGAGGCAUCGCGUCCUUUUGAACGGAGGUCCUUAUUUGAGGAAUAGCAUCUUGUCUGUUUUUUUUUUUUUUGAUUGAAACGUUGCAUCCAUUAAGGACAUAAUGUCCUGUUAAUUGUUAUUGUUGCAGAGCAUCUCAGGCAUCUAUGAGAAGAAAUGUAUUUCAAGAUAUUGAAAAUCUGAUGUAUUUUGUUAUUGAGGCAUGCCAUUCAUUAGAGUAGAAGUAAAUUGAAGAAAUGCAGUGUUGUAAUAUUCUUCAAUUUCCUGUCCCGUUACAGUUCCCUGUCUCAGCCCCUGGAGGUGCUGGAGCUGCCUUACUUGAGCCUGAGCGCGGCCGAUCUGUCCUACCUGUCAUGCAGCCAUCAUGCCUCCUCCCUGCAGCAGCUGGACUUGAGCGAGAACCGACUUGACACCCACACGCUCUCUUCCAUGCGUCGCCUCCUGUCGCAAGCGUCGGGUAGCCUGCGCCACCUGUCGUUGAGCGGCUGCGGGCUCAGCGACGAUCUGCUGGGCCCACUGCUGCCUUCCCUUGGCUGCUGCUCAUCCCUGCGAAGCCUGGCCCUCGCCCUCAACCCGCUGUCCACAGCCGGACUGGUGAAGACGGUGAGGAUGGUGUCCAGGGUGCCCUCUAUGCGCCAGCUGCUCUAUCCUAACCCAUUGGAGGAAUACCAGCCGGGACUUCCCGAGCUGCCGUCCAGCGCUCAGCUCCUGGACUGGCCCCUGGACGAGUCAAAGGACAUCAACGCCACCAGCAGCCUCCUCAAUAAAGUGCUGAAGGACUGCGGACGCUCGGACAUUGUUCUCACUUGCGACCUGCUCAAUUAUGAGAAAGACUCAGCAGAGUGAUGGACAUGAAUGCACUAUUACUCUAUUCAAAAUUUUUAUAUUCAAUAUGAACAGAAUGUAACUUUUGUCAUAUUUGUGUGCAAUAUAUUAAUGUAUAUCAGACAUGCAUUUGCAACUCAUUUUGUGUCCCAUGCACUAAACGGCUUGUCUGUCGACAGAUUUUAGAGCUACCUUUUUUUUACUUGCAUCAAAAACAAACAAAAAAAAACCUAAUUAAAAUUAAUUCUUACAAUUAACACCCUAACUACAUUUGUAAUUUUAUUUAUUUAAAAAAAAGCAAAAUUUUAAAAUGUUAUGGAACAAUGAUAUCAUCUUUCAUGGUGUAAACAUACUGGGGGGGAGGGGGGAUGAUUUACAUGAUUCCACAGUUACAUUUGGGCUGGAAGGAAGAAAAAGUAUAUCACAAAAAUAGGUCACACAAAAUUUUGGCCCCCCCGAGGCUUUGCAGGCACCAUUGUACACCAUCCACACACACUUUCCGGUCCACAUACAGUAAACGUCCAUUCUAUUGUAUCGAAAUGACUCAUGACCUUUUCACAGUCUAUAAUCACCUUUGGUGGAAAGUUGAUCCAACAAAGCCACCCGAUUACUCGAUUAUUCAAUGGAUCAGUUGAGAGGAUAAUCAAUUCUAAAAAGACUAGGAUAGCGACAGCCCUAAUUUACAUUAAAUACUCAUUUGAAUACUC